AUGUACGAAUAAUCUCAGAGGCAAGAACUGAUCGACUUUAGGAAUUACGUAAGAUAGAUGACGUCGGCAAAAAUAAAUAACAAUCAAGAAAAGUCUCCUUGCAGAAAGAAUUCGGCGAAAUAAUUAUCGUUCAUUUUGAAGAGUACUCAACUAAGACAGAGCGUGUAGAAGUAUGAGCCUAUCAAGAGUAAUCAAAUCAUGAAAACCAGCUAUGAACAAUCUUAUAUCUAAAGAUCUACAUCUUAGUCAUUUGUUCAAUUUGAUGCAAAUUGGUGGAAGGAAAAUUAGAACUCUUUUAGCAAGAUUAAAAAUGAGGGAUACGUGAGUGUUUCUGAUUUGAUUAAGAUCAGUAAUGGUUUGAGUCAGAUGUCAAAAAAGGAAAUUCAUGAAUUGAGUUCAAAGUAUGAAGGUUGA